UUUUUUUUUUUUUUUUUUUUGUUGAACGGUUAAUAAAAAAUUAUUUAGCAAACAACAAUGUAAAGACAUGUCUAACAAUAAGAUUACAUCACAUGGUAAGAUCAAAGACAAAGUUUCAAAAUUCGAAUGGAUUAGGUAUAUUUUUAGACAUGUAUUUUCUACUCAACUAAAGAUUUUUUUUUUAUUUGUGAAAGUAAAAAAAUUAUAUAAGACCACUUUUAUAUAUAAACAAGAUUCGAUUUCGUUGAACAACCUUUUUUUUCUAACAAACUUAUGAUAAAUCCGCGUUCUAGGAAACUUAAGAUAAAUUUCCACAUCAAACAAAAUUAAAAUAAAUGUGACCUUUUAUUUCUUGUUGCCUAAGUAGUCGUUUACUUAAUCAGGCUUAAUCCGCUUAACUAGUCAAAUGAUCUCGAUCUUAGAGAUCGUUGGCGCAGGUUUGUGUUUUUAAUGAAAUUCGCCUUCAAAAAAAAAGUCAAAUGAUCCGAUCGGAUAUACUAAAAUAACUUUUAAACAAUAUUAUACAUCUCAUAAGUCAUCGAUGAAUUGUUUUUUUAAUAAGAAAACACUAAAACUUGACGUGUAAUUUGGAUGAUCAUCUGAAUAUGGUAUGUAUUUGAAGGUGCCACUAGGUAAUAAAAUAGUAGAAUUAAUUGAGAUAUGCUUUAUUAAUCGUCAUAAACUUCCAUAAUAAGUAAUAAACACGGUUUGCCAACUAGACUCUUACAAUUUUAUAUGUUGACUUUGAUUGAGUUGACCUAAAGAGGGGCAUGCUAUAAAUCUUGCAAUACCAAAGUAUGAUGAGGACAACUGCCAUUUUUCAUUCUAACAUUCAUUCUAACAUUUGUGAUGGCUCCCCCUCACCAUGUUGGAUCGGAAUCACGUCUUGCUUCGCCAUCGGACCAGCCUUAUCGGACGUCGUUUCACUUUCAAGUUCCCAAAAAUUGGAUGAAUGAUCCUAAUGGACCAAUGUACUACAACGGAGUCUACCAUUUCUUUUAUCAACACAACCCAUCCGGACCGCUCUUUCAUCCUCGAAUGUACUGGGGCCAUUCGGUAUCACGUGACUUGAUAAACUGGACCCCACUCGACCCAGCUUUUGCCCCAACUGAACCCUUCGACAUUAACGGUUGUUGGUCCGGCUCUGCCACAAUCCUCCCUGGAAACAAACCUGUCAUGUUGUACACAGGACUCGAUACUGAAAACUGCCAAGUCCAAAACCUUGCUGUCCCAAAAGACUUAUCUGAUCCACAUCUUCGAGAAUGGGUCAAGCAUACCGGCAAUCCCAUCAUUAACGUCCCUGAUGGGAUUAAACAUGAUGACUUCCGAGACCCAAGCACAGCCUGGCAUGCAGACGACGGAAAAUGGAGGAUAAUUGUCGGUAGUAGGAGAGAAGGGACGGGAAUGGCGUUUCUUUAUCGAUCUGAGGAUUUUGUAAACUGGAGUAUGUGGGAAUCACCACUUUAUGAAGUUGCUGGCAGUGGGAUAUGGGAAUGCCCUGAUUUCUUUCCGGUGUGCGUUGAUAGCAACAAUGGGGUUGAUACAUCUGUAAUGAACUCUAGAGUAAAGCAUGUGUUGAAGAUGGCAGCGUUCGAUUGUGGAAGAGACUACUACUUGAUCGGUAAUUACAAUCCGGAGAAUGAACACUUUGUUCCUCAGAGUGAACUAACUCUUGGCUCCUUGCGAUAUGAUUAUGGGAAGUUUUAUGCGUCGAAAUCAUUCUUUGACCCCGUAAAAAACAGAAGAAUCUUGAUGGGUUGGGUCAAUGAAUCCGAUUCUGAUGAAGAUGCUCAUGCUAAAGGAUGGUCUGGACUUCAGUCAUUUCCAAGGAGCAUUUGGCUUGAUCAAAACCAAAAGCAGCUAGUACAAUGGCCUAUUGAGGAAUUUAAAAUGUUACAUGAAAACGAAGUUAGUUUUAAAAAUAAAUCUCUUGAAGCUGGAUCAUUACAUGAAAUUUUGGGCAUAACUGCUUCGCAGGCGGAUGUGAAUGUAUCAUUCAAACUAACUAAUUUAGAAGAGGCUGAAGAACUAGAUCUGAGUGGGAUCGACCCACAGGUUUUCUGCAGUGAAAUGGAUGCAUCAAAGAAAGGCAAAUUCGGCCCGUUUGGAAUAUUAGCUUUGGCUUCCCAUGACUUGAGUGAACAAACUGCAAUCUCUUUUCGGGUUUACAAAAAUAAUGGACGAUACACAGUGCUAAUGUGCAGUGAUCAAAGCCGGUCUUCCACAAGGAACGGGCUUGAUAAAACAACAUAUGGAGCAUUUGUUGACAUAGAUCCUCAACAAGAUGAAAUUUCACUUAGAACCUUGAUAGAUCACUCGAUCGUUGAGAGCUUUGGAGGAGGAGGAAAGACAUGCAUCACAGCUAGGGUUUACCCAACAUUAGCUAUUGGAGAUGAAGCCCAUUUGUUUGCAUUUAACUAUGGAACAGAAAGUGUGUUGAUCUCUGAGCUAAGUGCUUGGAGUGUAAAGAAAGCACAUAUUAACAUUGAAGAAACUAAUGGGGGUGCAUAUUAAUAAUCUGAAGAAGAUGGUUAGUUCAUGUCAUUUGGAGAGUUGUGAAUUAUAUUGGAGCAGUUAAUUAUCUUGUUUAAUGACUUUAUUUAAAUACUUGUUCAUGAUUAUCAACACUACGUUAUUAAAUAAAAUAAGUUUACAAGUUUAGCAGCUUA